AUGGAGGAGGCGGCGGCGAAGGUGAAGGUGGAGAUGGAGGUGGAGGAGGAGGCGGAUGCGGAGCAGCUGGAGGCGGCCGCCAUUCUGUGCGACAUGAGCAGGCUGAUGCGGGCGCGGGACCGGCGGAAGCGGCGGCGCGAGCGCGUGUGUGCCGCGGCCGCGUACCUGGAGAUCCCCUCGUGGGGCCGCCGCCGCCCGCGGUCGAUGCUGGAGGACAAGCCUUCCCCGGCCCCCGGCCCGGACCCGGCACCAGCUCCCGCGGCCGCUAGCCCUGACACCCCGCUCGCGUACCCGGAGAGCGGCGGGGACGACGCGCCGCUGGAGGACAAGGGCGAGGUCGCCGCCGCGCGCCCACGGGACCAGUGGGCGGAGGAGCAGCACAGCGAGGCGGCGGCGGCGGCGAGCUUGUCCCAGCCCCAGGAGAACGCGCGUCCACUCAAGGUCGCGAGGACGGAGCAGGACCCGGUGCCGGCGCCACUGGUGGUGCUGGACCUGAACGAGCCGGCCGACGAGGACGAGCAGCAGCAGCUGCUGCAGGCGCAGCAGGCGCGGGCGCGGGCCGCGGCGGCGGCGGCGGCAGCCGAGUGGUACCGGCAGGCGCAGCUGCGAGCCGCGCUGCAGAAGGCGGCCGUGUCGGCGGGCGCGCGGCGCCGCCGCCUCGAGAUCCUGCGGGCCAAGGCGGCGUGCCCGCUCGUGUCCAGCAGGAUGCGGCGCGCCGGGUGA